AUGAAUCUACUCCAUUUUACUGAAAUUACGACAAUUCUGUGUUUUUUCACAUCAUCAUGUAUGGCUCAAACCCUGACUGAUGGCUUUCCGAUGUAUAAUUGUUAUGGUGUAAUCUUUUACUCUGAAAAUGUUCUUGCUACAGCUAUAUUAUCAAAAAGGACUGCCAAUGGGGCAAUGAAAGGCUAUCCUCAAAUAUAUGUAGGAACUAACUUAGGUGGCACUGCUCCGCAUACUAUAUUCCCCAUCUCGAAUGAUACUUUAUUUGACUCAAGUUCUUCUCAGCCAUUUUAUUUCUUGAUUGUGGACAGCAAAGGGUUGCAGGUUGGCAUGGCAUAUUUAGGUCUCGAUGGUUACAUACAGUGUUAG